CUUCAUAUUCACUACACCGAUGACGCAAAUCCUCUAAGUCGCAACGGUGGCAUCGUAGAAAGUAUCCAGUUGACGCCAUCAACACCUAAUAUUAACGAGUGGUAUUUCAUUACAGUGGAAAUCGAAUUCCAACGCUCCCACGUCUUCUUCUUCUUGAGAUCACAAUACAUGCGCUCACAAUUUCUCAGUCUGCAGACCGACAUCAACACCCUACACAGCAUCCACUUCGGAGCUAGCCCACAUAUAACGCCUCCAAUGCAGCGGGCAGCGGUCUAUGGCAUCAUGGGAGAUCCUUACUCUGGCUGCCUUCGUAACCUUCGACUAACCAGCAUCGGAAGCAAACGAAUCUCUGAGCCUGUUUUAUUCCCGGCCACCUCAAAUGUAGUCUAUGGACUGUGUGCUAUGAACUAA